GUAUCAGCCGCUCUUGUGGGCGUGUGCUUUUCUUUUCGGUCUUUUGGACUCUCUUUUUGAGGGCCACACGGAGAGAAAGGGUGGUUUCUUGUCUCCCCUUUCGCUGGGGUCUAGGGCUUGGGUUUGGUUGGCGUGGUUGGUUUGCGACUAUUAUCAUCACUUACGACGACGACUAUUAUUUCUGGCUACUACUCUCACCCUCUCUUUUGCCGGGUUCCCUCUCUCCUUUUUCGAAAGGAUGUUUGCGCCAUCGACAUCGACUCUCGUUUGCAAUUGAGAAAGAAGCCGUUUUGGGAAAGGAGUCCGAGAGGCCAGUCCUUCAUCUUCGUCAUACAUCUGGAGUGGUCUUCUGUCGGGUCUGGACCAGUUGAGAUAAGAGAAAGCGAUCUUGUGCAACGGAAGCGUCGCGUGUUCCUAUCACCAUGUCGGACGCAACAGACGGCGACAUGGCCGAUCUCCCUCAUGGCAACCGAGGGCAUCAAAUCAAUAUCACAGCGGCGCUCAUGAUGGUUGCCGCAUGGAUCUUUCUGGGGUUACGAUUGAAGAUUCGAUGGCCUUGGGGGAGUCGGAUGGGGUGGGAUGAUAUUGCUGUUAUGCUGGGAACUUUGAUAGCGACUGCGGAAAGUGGUACAAUAUUUCGAGCAGUGCAGUGCGGCCUUGGAAUGCAUAUGUACCACUUGGAAUGGGAGAUGAUUGGGCCACUGCGAGCAACAAUUAAAGCCAGCGACAUUCUUUCAGUGACGGCACUCUGUUGCUCAAAACUCGCGGUGUCAUUACUCAUUCUGCGAUUGUCGACAUUCAAACGCCAUAUUCAUGCAGCCUGGAUCACCACGGUGUUCAUUGUGAUAUGGGGACUCAUCGCCAUCACCAGCACAGCGGUCUCGCCUGAGAAUCUAGGAUUGAGGAGAGCGGGAUGGAUCUUCGUCGGCGCAUACAGCAUAAUCCUCGAAUUCGUACUCUUCGCUCUACCAAUAUUCUUGGUCUGGCCUCUCAAACUGCGGCUUGCUGCGAAGCUCACAAUCGUCGGAGGCUUCGCAUUUCGCAUCCCCGCAAGCAUCUUAACCAUCUUCCGCGUCCUCGUAGUCGUCAAAAUGCUCUCAGGCGAUCCACACGACCAAACAAUGGACGCACUAGAUUUCACCUGGGACUACGUCGAACCCACACUCUACAGUACCGUGGAAAUGUACUACUCUCUCAUGGCCGCCACAAUACCAUGUAUGCAUCUCUUCCUCAAAGCCUUCACCAAAGACUGGCUCCGCGACACCGCUGCUCAAGCCGGUCCAAACGCAAGGUCACACCGACCCAGCGCGUUCCUUAUCAGCAGUCUCAUGAGCAAAUCCUCAACAACGAAGAGCAGUGCCAGUAGCGCUCGAAGCACGAUGCAAAUGCGCGACAGCAUGACGGAUGCAGACUUGCUCUUCCGUGCGGAUGGCGGGACGACGGCGUGGGUGACGCAUCAGGAUGUCGAGGGUUUGCAGAACUGCGUGACGAAUGCGACCGAUAAGAUUAUGGUACAGCAGACUGUCGAAGUGCAGUUUGAUGACCGACCGCGUGCGGCAGAACGUGCGCUUUUGCAGAUAUGAGAGAGAGUGACAGUGAGAGGGAGGAAGCAGACCCAUAAGCAGACGGAAGAGGUUCGUGUACACAGCAAGUACUACGAUUACCUAAUCCACAAUUACGAUUUUACGAUCCAGUCGAAUGGCGUCAGUCCAGCACACCAUGCAAAGUGCUAAGCAAAAGACCAAAGAGAAGAAAUUGGCACAAGAAGAUUCACUUCACAGAAACGUGAAUAUAGAAAAAAUGUGCUACGAAAAGUAGUAUCAGGAGACUGUCCUCACGACAUCAAGCCGCAGAAUUCUCCACUGUCUUCCAAAAAUUGGUCCAGCAUCCACUCAUCUCUGCAAAAGCAAAGACUUCUACGCUGCGAAACCCCAGAAGUAUAGCCAGUAUACCCAGGGUGCAGCGAGACAUAGUAGGAUGAUCGCUAUGGUUCUGACAAUUCCAUAAAAGAUCCCACAAUCCAGGUCAUAACCAAUCAAGGCGACCCAUCUCCAACAUAGAAAGAACAAUUCUUCGCCCAAGAGAACACCAAAAAGACAACCACUCGAAGCAGGUCUACCUCCUCAAGGCUAGCUUUCGGAAACAAGCUUCGGAGUCUCAGCGCAGCUCUGCGGCAAUAACGCUGGUCGAGUAAACGAAUUCAAUCGCACUCCAGGGAUCUCGGGUCGUCGAUGUUUCGCAGGUAAUUCGAAGAAGUCUUUCGUAUGUUGUUGUGAAAUCCGGAAGUCAUAUUAGUCGAGGCCGAGACAUAUCGAAUGCUCGGACACUCAUGAAAGGAAAAGAGCCUGUUGCAACGUCUGAAGGCCAGAUAGUUCCAUAACCAGUAUUGGAACGAAGUCUCCUCGUUGUGCGGACAACGAAAAGCAACCCUCAACACCACACCGCAUCCGCUGUCUGACAUAGUGUUCAAGACCGGAGUGUACGAUGGGUUUCCAGGCCGCAAUCCAGUAUCCGCAAAAGGCAUUAGAAAGAAUCGAAGGUCCAUAGUUCGGCAUUCCAGAUGUCGUCAGGCAUGUACGGGCGUCGCAGAAGUAGAAAAAAUAUAGUGACGGUGGUCCUCCCAAUCCCAUAGGUCCCAUAAAAAAAAAUGCACAAUCCAUCCCUAAAACAUGCAAUCAUUCCACCCAUAAAACGUCUUUCUCUUUUGCUUCUCUCUGUAUCGACCGCGAGGUCUGUGAAAUCCUGUCUUUGUUGUUCGCAAGUGCAUGGCCUCCCGAGAAAAUAUGCAUCGAGUAUUCCCAUCGCUCGUCAUCGCAAAAUGGAAAAAGAGAGAAAAACAGAGUCGCUCGCUUGCUAAGGUGUCAAGAUCCAAAUCAAUAAACCAAGUCGCUUGCUAGUACGCCGUCCAGAAAAUGUGGAGUUGAGUGAUGUUGAUGUGUUUUUGUGAUGGUCAACAUCGGGUAUCGUUUGCAUCGCGUCAAUACUAAUAAUCGUGGGUCGCGUAUCGAGAAGCGCUGUGCGCAUCAGGCUUCUGGAGUAGUGACAGGAUCCAGGAUGUGGAAAAAGGUCGUCGGGCCUGGCCAGGACACCGACGGUUUUCAGUCGUUCAACGACAGCCGCGGAAGCGGAUCGCGCAAAGGGGUCGUCUUUGAGCAGCUCACACGGCGGUAGCAUACUGAGUGUGCAUGAAGCCCCCGUGGCUCAUGCCGAAGUCGCCAUAGCCGUAGCCAAUGUCCGAUCCACAGUGUAGAGGAAAUGAGCUCGACACUGGAAUUGGUGCGAUUGGCUGCGGUGAGCUGUAGUACUGCGAUGGCGCAGAUGUGUACGGCUGGCUGAAUGAUGGCGUCGGCGAUGGCAGCUGGACGUUGCUCAUAGACAUGUCCUGCCAGAACACGUUCGACUGGUUGUCGCUGCAUGUUGUGGCAGUAGGCGAUGGGGUCGACGGCAGCACCUUCCACGAAUCCACAGGCGUAGGAUGUGUUUGGAGCUGCAAUUGCUGAGGUGCCCACCAGCCACCAGCGACAGGUGCACUUGGCAUGACUGGUGCCGGGUGGAUGACAUCGACUAUCCGUGGUGGAGGAGGCAGAAGUGGAGCGAACAUGUUCAUGAUCUGGUUCUUCACUUCGGCGGAGCGGCCAUCGAGCAGCUCGCCGGCGCCAUCCUCCUCCAUGCCUUCCAACGCGCGGGCCCCAGUGCGGAAGACGAACUUAUUCGCGGCUUGCACGAACUCUUCUUGCAUCUUCUUGAUCUGCGCUUCCUUCUCGGGCCAGCUCCACGUGCUCGCUGAUGAGUCGACCGAGUAGAUGUCCUUGUGAUACUCCACCAAUGACUCGAUCGUCUCGGGUGUCAGCUUGAAAGCGACUUCGUGUUGGGAGACCAUGUCGACGUGCACCACAUAGGCCUCGAUGUGUACAAGCUGGAAAUUGAAGAGUGCUUCCACAAGUGGGUUGUCGUCUUUGCGCAAUUCAGUAUCGGGCGCCUUUGGCAGCAUGAGUGAGGCCAGGGUCCAGAUAGCAGAAGAUCCACCGAGUGUUUCUGUCAGACAUCGAAAGUGUUGUGGGACACUGUUGAGUGGUCGCUUGAUUCGGUUGAUGCGCUUCAACGUUUGUGUUAACCAAGGCUCCACCUUUGUGUUCAGCACGAUUUCGGGUCCAGAUCGGGGCGCGAAGGCUGCCGCUGACGCGGGCAGUAAUUGCACAGGCAUGAUUGAUGUUGUUGACUGAUGUGUGAUUGAAUUCCUUUCCUGUUCCAGACAGUAUGGGGAUGCGAUGAGCGAUAUAUGUAUGGGGCGGGCGACAGCAAGAUGAUUGGUAUAAAGUGGAACGACGUAAUAUGCCUGGGGGUUGCAACGAUGGAAGAAUUAGGCUGCUCGCCCUGGGUUAGAAGAAUGAAUGUAGAAGGGAGGAAGGCUAUGAGCCAAUGGGCGGGCGGAG